GGUUUAUACUUACAAUUACGAGAUUUAUAUUUGCAUUAGUCUCUUUGGCUGGUGGGUAGGGGUGAGAGGCUCUUCCUGGAUCCCUUAUUUUCUACAGGAGAGGAGGAAAACACCUGGGAUGCUCCAGUGCUCUUACGCAGAUAAUGAUCAUUAACAUCAGCUUCUCUGAUCAAAGAGCUACUCCACCCCACUCUGGCUAUAGUGUGACAUUCCUGCCUGCCUGAGGAAGAAAUGGUGAGCAGGGGCUGCAAUUGCAGACAAGUGUCACCCAGAAGCCACAAGUUUCUGUGAGCACCAGGUCUACAAACUACCCAAGGCAUAGCAAUGGCAUUAUCACUGGAAGAAUUCGUCCACUCCCUUGACCUCAGGACCCUACCCAGGGUUCUAGAAAUCCAGGCAGGCAUCUAUUUUGAAGGCUCUAUUUAUGAAAUGUUUGGAAAUGAAUGCUGUUUUUCAACAGGAGAAGUGAUUAAAAUUACUGGUCUCAAAGUUAAGAAGAUCAUAGCUGAAAUUUGUGAGCAGAUUGAAGGUUGUGAGUCUCUACAGCCAUUUGAACUGCCUAUGAAUUUUCCAGGUCUUUUUAAGAUUGUGGCUGAUAAAACUCCAUACCUUACUAUGGAAGAAAUCACAAGGACCAUUCAUAUUGGACCAAGUAGACUAGGGCAUCCUUGCUUCUAUCAUCAGAAGGAUAUAAAACUAGAGAACCUCAUCAUAAAGCAGGGUGAGCAAAUCACGCUCAACUCAGUUGAAGAGAUUGAUGGAGAAAUAAUGGUGAGCUGUGCAGUAGCAAGGAAUCAUCAAACUCACUCAUUUAAUUUGCCUUUGUCACAAGAAGGAGAAUUCUACGAGUGUGAAGAUGAACGUAUUUAUACUCUAAAGGAGAUUGUUGAAUGGAAGAUUCCUAAGAACAGAACAAGAACUGUAAACCUUACAGAUUUUUCAAAUAAGUGGGACUCAACGAAUCCAUUUCCUAAAGACUUUUAUGGUACCCUGAUUCUCAAGCCUGUUUAUGAAAUUCAAGGUGUGAUGAAAUUUCGAAAAGAUAUAAUCCGCAUCCUCCCCAGUCUAGAUGUCGAAGUCAAAGACAUCACUGAUUCUUACGAUGCUAACUGGUUUCUUCAGCUGUUAUCAACAGAAGAUCUUUUUGAAAUGACUAGUAAAGAGUUCCCCAUAGUGACUGAAGUCAUAGAAGCACCUCAAGGAAACCACCUGCCCCAAAGCAUUUUACAGCCUGGGAAAACCAUUGUGAUCCACAAAAAGUACCAGGCAUCAAGAAUCUUAGCUUCAGAAAUUAGAAGCAAUUUUCCUAAAAGACACUUCUUGAUCCCCACUAGCUAUAAAGGCAAGUUCAAGCGGCGACCGAGGGAGUUCCCAACGGCCUAUGACCUAGAGAUCGCUAAGAGUGAAAAGGAGCCUCUCCACGUGGUGGCCACCAAAGCGUUUCAUUCCCCUCAUGACAAGCUGUCAUCUGUAUCUGUUGGGGACCAGUUUCUGGUGCAUCAGUCAGAGACGACUGAAGUCCUCUGUGAGGGAAUAAAAAAAGUGGUGAAUGUUCUGGCCUGUGAAAAAAUCCUCAAAAAGUCCUAUGAGGCUGCGCUGCUCCCUUUGUACAUGGAAGGAGGUUUUGUAGAGGUGAUUCAUGAUAAGAAACAGUACCCGAUUUCUGAGCUCUGUAAACAGUUCCGUUUGCCCUUCAAUGUGAAGGUGUCUGUCAGGGAUCUUUCCAUUGAAGAGGACGUGUUGGCUGCCACACCAGGACUGCAGUUGGAGGAGGACAUUACAGACUCUUACCUACUCAUAAGUGACUUUGCCAACCCCACGGAGUGCUGGGAAAUUCCUGUGGGCCGCUUCAAUAUGACUGUUCAGUUAGUUAGUAAUUUCUCUAGGGAUGCAGAACCAUUUCUAGUCAGGACUCUGGUAGAAGAGAUCACUGAAGAGCAAUAUUACAUGAUGCGGAGAUAUGAAAGCUCAGCCUCACAUCCCCCACCUCGCCCUCCGAAACACCCCUCAGUAGAGGAAACAAAGUUAACCCUGCUAACCUUAGCAGAAGAAAGGACGGUAGACCUGCCCAAGUCUCCCAAGCGUCAUCACGUAGACAUAACCAAGAAACUUCACCCAAAUCAAGCUGGCCUGGAUUCAAAAGUACUGAUUGGUAGUCAGAAUGAUUUGGUGGAUGAAGAGAAAGAAAGGAGCAACCGUGGGGCCACAGCAGUAGCAGACAUGUGGACUAGUUCUUGCAAUAUGGUGGCACUUUUUAGACUUAAGAAGAGUGAAGAGAGUGGGGAAUGUUUAGUGGAAGAACAUAUCCUGUGAAAUUCAGGAGCCACAUCAUCUAGUAUGUACAAUGUACUUUUCACCCUAGCUUUUAAUUAUUUACUUUUGUCAAAAACCUUCAAUGAAGUGUAUUGAAAUAUUACAUCUGAGAUGUUACUUAAUUAAAUAAUGUAUGGAAGAAGAGCGGCCUACACUUAGUGAGAAGUUAUACAAACAUAGAAACCACACACAGCCAAAAAAGAUGGUUAUGACACUGCAAAAUGUGACAGUAGAAGAUCUGAAGUAGUAGACAGAUUUACUGUGAUGAGAAAUAAAUUAGAUAAAUUUCUGGAUCACAUAGGCACUUUUAAGACACCCCCUCCUCCCAAAGACUUGGGGAGGGAGACCUUGAAAGAGACUAGAUUUCCUAUUGAUCCUGUGAGAAGAGAAGUCUAACUCUUUUUUAUUGGAUUAUAAUAAGGAAGGAAUACCCUAGAAAUAUGAAGAGAGUGGAGGUACUAGGUUUGUACCAAACUUUGGCCUUUUUAAAAAAAAUGUAUCAGCUGCAAAACUUAAGGCUGUGGAAUUUCCAGACUCUAGAAUUAUCUCCUUAAAUUUUAAUUAAUUCUCCAGAUAAAAGUGAAAAAUUAACAACAGCAUAGCAACUAGUCAAAGUACUUUUAAAUUAUCUGGUGUGAUUUUUUUUAAGCCAUACAAUUUAGGAACUCACAAAAUGAAGAAAUACAUUUCCAAAUUAAUAACUUAGUAGAGAAAUUUCUUUCUAUUUUCUGGGCCUGGGUGGGGAGUUCUACCCAUUAGGAAUUUUGUUGUAUCUUUUCAGUCAAUAUGUAGUAUAUAGCUUCUAGGAAAUAUGUCAAGCCACACCCACAACAGGAGAAUAGGCCCUGUAUGAUUGUUUCAUCUGAGUGAAUAUGCUGUUGCUUGUUCAUAGUCAAUUGAAUUAAGGAUAAACAUUAUAACAGGAGGAGAAAACUCACAGGUUUUUUCAGCCAGAAAGAGUAACCUUCCUUAUAGACUUGUGUAAUAUACUACAGUUUUAAUAUGGCCUCUGAAACAAUGGAUAUUAACGAAAGAGGGCAUAUUCUCCUAUUGUCCUUACAUUCUUCCUAAAAGACAGCAAACCUGGCCUUGACCUCACAGCUGUAUGGACCAACAUUCUUAUCUUGUCCAUAAUGUAGUUCAAAGAUUAUAUGCACUAAUGUUAUAAAAGUCUGGUGAGUCAGGUGGUGUAUUCUAUUUUCCAUAUCAAGAUUAAAAGUUUUAAAAACCUAAACAUUGUUAAAAAAUCAUCUGAACAUUAUUUUAAAAGGUUUUGCCUAUUCACAAUAGGUUGUCAAAGACUAUCAUUAAAAAUUUCAUAAGAUCAAGUUAUCAAUAACAACCAUAAAUGAUUCAAUUAAGUUGAAUGGCUAUUUUUAAAUUUUCUCAGAAAUUUAUAAUUUUCUCACAAAAUCUAUGUAAUUACCAAUUAUGAAAGCAAAAUCAUUAAUUGGCGAGUUGUAUAGAGCAACAUUAAUUUAAAUUGUAAAAGGUCAGAUAAUAGCAUUCUACCAAACAUACAUAAGCCCAGGAUACUAUACAUGGAGGAGUAACUUGAUUUUGACAAAAUUAGUUUUAAAUCUACUGUUUCUUGAUAACUUAUAAAAUAAACAAAUAAAAUAUAUAGUAGAAUGGAUAUUGAUAAUUUUUAAGGAGAAACAUUAAUACAGGAAAGGGGCUCUAGAAGUGGCAGUGCUAUUCAGAUAUGCAGUAAAAGCCUUAAAGAAAAUGAACAUUUCAAUAAAAUCCUGAGGAAGUGAUCACAGUAGUCAUAUGAACAUCUGGAGAGAGAAUACCAAGGCAUUGAGAUUAACAAUUGCAAAAGACUUGAAGUCAAAACAUACAUGACAUGUUCAGUGGGACCAAGGGGUCCUUGAAUUGGAGAAUAGCUAGGGAAAAAAGUAAGAAAAGUAGAGAAAACUAGAAAAUAGGGAGCUUUGGAGGUAACAUUAAGGAAUUUAGUUUUUCAUUGAAUGAGAUGGGAGUCACUGGAGGGUUUUGAGAAACUGAUGGUUUCUUAUUUUCCUAGAACUGUUAUGCCUAUUGCUUGAGGGUACAAUAUACGUGAGGAAGAGCAGAAGAAGCAAUAUCAGUGAGGGGGCUAAUGCAACAAUCCUUCAGAGAUGACAGUUGCCGGAAUCCCGGUGGUAAGAAUGAGAAUCAAAUUUUGUACGUAUUUUGGAAAGGUAGAACUAUUAGAAUUUGUGGAAGGCAUGGAUAUAGUUGUGGGAAAUAGAGAGGAGUCAAGGAUGACCUGAAGAAUUUUGGCCCAUUCAAAUGGAGUUACCAUUGACUAUAAUAAAGAAUAGUGCAGGAAGUGCUGAUUUGGGAAUUAUUCUCAGAGGCUCAGUUUUGGACACAUUAAUUUUCGUAUGCCUUUUAGCCCUCACGCAAUUGCAUAUAUGAGUCGGGAGAGGGGUCUAGGCUGUAGACACAAAUUUUAGAGUAGUAUACACAUACAUGUACGUGUAUGUGUGUGUGUGCGCGCAUGUGUUAUCAUAUAUUUUGAGUUGAAUUGUGCGUGUCCAAAAUCAUAUAUUGAAGCCUUCACAUCCAGUGCCUCAGAAUGUGACUGUAUUUGGGAUAGAUGUAAUUAAGGUAAAAAGGGUAAGAUGGGCCCAAUCCAGUAGAUUGGUGUCUUUAUAAGAAAAGGAAAUUUGGACAUUAGACAUACACAUGCACAGAGGAAAGACUAUGUAAAGACAGAGAGAAAGCUAUCUACAAUCUGUGGAGGGCAGUCUAAAAAAAUAAAAAAUAAAAACCAAAGCAAAACAAAUCACAAAACUCUGCUAACACUGUGAUCUCAGACUCCUUGCCUCCAGAACUCUUAGAAAAUAAAUCUCUGUUAUUCAAACCCUCCAGGAAAUGGUAUUUUGUUUUUUGUUAUGAUAGCCUUAGCAAUCUAAUACAGAUUUUGAUACUGAGAGUGGGAUGCCAACUGUAAAAAUAACAAUAAGUGUGGAAAUGGCUUUGGAAAUGGGUAACGAGUAGAGGCUGGAAGACUGAUGAGGCCAUGUUAGAAAAAGCUUAGCUUGCCUUAAAGAAACAGUUGGUGGAAAUACGGACAUUAAAAGUGCUACUGUGGGGCCGGGUGUGGUGGCUCACACCUGUAAUCCCAGUACUUUAAGAGGCCAAGGUGGGCAGUUCUCUUGAGGUCAAGAGUUCAAGACCAGACUGGCCAACAAGGCAAAACCCCAUUUCUACUAAAAAUACAAAAAUUAGCUGGGCAUGGUGGUACAUGCCUGUAAUCCCAGCUACUCGGGAGUUUGAGGCAGGAUAAUUUCUUGAACCGGGAGGUAGAAGUUGCAGUGAGCCGAGAUCACGCCACUGCACUCCAACCUGGGCAACACAGCAAGACUCUGUCUCAAAAAAAAAAAAAUUUAAAAAGUGCUACUGUGAAACCUUAGAUGGAAAUGAGAAAUAUGUUUUGGACACUGGAGCAAAGGCAAUACCUAUUAUACAGUGACAAAGAACAUGACUGAAUUGUGCUCUAGUGUUUUAUGAAAGGUAGAACUUGUGAUUAACCCAGGUCUUUAGCUGAGGUGAUUUCUAAACAAACUUUUGAAAGUGUGGCCAGGUUUCUUUUUGAUGCUUAUGGUAAAAUGCAAGAGAAGAGAGAUACAUCAAAGGAUCAUUAAGAAUAAAGGAGUCAGAACUUGAGAUUUAGAAAAUUAUCAGUUUAUUCAUAUGGCCAAAAAAUGAGAAAGCUUGUUCUGAACAGAAAACAAGGGUGUGACUGGUCAUUCAUUUCAUAAAGAAAUUAUGAAUGUGACACAUGGAUUGAAUCAACGAUCUCACCAGAAGGCAAGAAUAGAGAUGUGAUUAUCCAGGAAAGAUAUGUGGAGGGCACUCUUGUCUGAUGGCUUGGAUCCCUAUGAAGUCAACAAGGUUAUUUUUGAGAAUUUUAUAUCAGCAGAAAAACUGCCAGCUUGGAAUAAAAGAGACAGUGAUGGGAGAGAGUGAAGGAAAGCCACCAGACUUCUGAGAUUCCAUAGGAUGGGCCAAUUGGGGUAUCUGGCUGAAAAUCUGUCCCAUUCUUCAAGAAAAGAGAAAAAUGACUCCAAAGGUGGGACUGCCACUAUUACCAUGGGCUCAGAGUCUCAGGCCUGGGUGGCAGGGCUGUCUCUUCUCCAGUUUCAGAGGGUGGGGCCACCGCCUUGGUUUCAGCAGGCCAGGCUGCCAUUAUCCAGGGCCAAGGGAGCAAAACUGCCACCCCAGAUGCCCUGGGGGGGCAGGGUCACCUCCCCAGUGGGUCCUGAAGACAAAGAAUUGAAACAAAAGGGAUUAUCCUUGACCCUUAAAAUAUACUGGAAUUUGCCCUGGUAGGUUUUGGACUUGCCUGGAACCUCUGACCCCUUUCUUCUUUCUGAUUUAUCCCUUUUGGAAAUGGGAUGUUUAUUGUAUGCCAGCCCUACCAUUGCAUUUAGUAAGUUGAUAACUUUUGCACUUCUAUAGGUUCAGGCUGAAGAGGAAUUUUGCCUGAGGAUAAUCAUAGCUUGAUUCUCACUAUGCCUGAUUUAGAUGAUAUUUAGAUGAACUUUUAGACUUGGAUUCAAUACUGGAAUGGGUUAAAUAUUUUGAGCUAUUGGGAAAGAACUCAUAUAUUUUGCAUGUGAAGAGGACAUGAAUUUUGGAGGGCCAGAGAGUUGGAGGGUUUUGGGUUGAAUUGUGGCCAUCCAAAAUUAACAUGUUAAAGUCCUAAACUUAGUACUUUAGAAUGUGACUGUAUUUGGAGAAAGGUCCUUUAAGGAGGUAAUUAAAGUGAGGUUAUAUGGCGGGCUACAAUCCAAUAUGAUUAAUGUCCUUAUAAGAAGAGGAAAUUUGGACAUGGGAAUAUGAGCACACAGAGGAAAAACCAUGUGAAGACAGAGGGAGAAGAUGGCCAUCCACAAAGCAAGGAGAAAGACCUCAAAGAAACCACCUCUGCCAACACCUUGAUUUCAACUUCUUGUCUCCAGAACUGUGAGAAAAUAAAUUUCUGUUAUUUAAGCCAUUCAGUAUGUGUACAUUGUUAUGGCAGCACUAAUAAACUAACACCAUGUAUUUGUACAUAUGGUAUUGAAAUAAACUCACACACAUAUGUACGUGUGUACAGAUAGUCCUUCCUUGCACAGUUCCAAUAUGUACAGAUUUCAAUUACCAUUAUUUAGUUAAAUAAUACCAAAUAAUAGUAAUUCCCCAACAACGCAGUUCAAAUUUUACUUUUCGCAGUAUAUUAACUGAGUAACAGAGUAAAGUACAAAUGUUGCUGCUAGCUCUUCAGACCAUAAAUGCUUAUGUAAAUAACAUGGAUACAUUGUGAUCAGUGGCCAAUGAUGUCACUUCUUUUAAAGUUUGUUAGUGAAUGUUCACUGCACAUCUGUAAUUCAGUUCCCACAGACAGCAAAGCAUUUUGUUAUGUUGCUUCCUGGUCUCCUACUGAAAAACCCACCUGACAUUUUAUAAAAGUGAAUAAUCCAAAGAGGGAAUUAAAGAAGUCAACAUACAUAAAAGUGCAGCAAAAAAACAAAAAGUAACACCAGCAGGGAAAUGUGAAUCAAACAUGAAUGGAGUUAUGGGAAAAUAGCUGCCAUUAAGAGACUCUAAUUACACAGCCAGAGGAACUUAGUGAAGUUCCCACUUAAUGACAUGCACAAGGAAAGUGGUUCUGACAAAAAGGACAAAGAUGUUGAAGACGAGGUGGUGGUAACAGCACAAAUACUUCACUUGAAAGAAACUCUCUAAGAUAUUUCACAUCAUUGGAAGAUACAAUGUUGGCAUCUGAUACAAACUUAGAAAGGAGUAUGACAAUUUUUCCUCUGUAUUUUACAAUACAUGAUGUAGAUAUGUAGAUGUAUAGUCAUACAAAUAUAUGAAUGAUGGUUAAAAUUUAAACUACAUAGUCAAGUUUUAAAAUAUUUUUAAACAAAUUAAAUUUAAUUAAAAUAAAAAGUUAAUGUUUAUACAUAGGACUUAAUAUAGAUAAGGGUUUUGAAAUUAAAACUUUUAUACUUUCAAUUUCAAAGCACACAUAUACAACGAGAGAAACAAAAAUAAUAAAAUAAAAAAUGGGUAAAGUACACAAACUCAUAAGUUAAUCAAAUUGACAUUUAAGUAUCAUAUUUCAUCUAUCAUAGAAGCACAGAUUUAAAGCUGUCCUAAACUGAGUGUGGGUGUGCAGAAACAGGAACUUAAUGUGUUUUUUGGUGAGAAUAUAAAGUAAAACAAAAUUGUUGAGUGCAAUUUGACAAUAUCGAUUAAAAAUUAUUUAUCUUUUAACUCAGCAAUUUCAUUUCCAGGAAUUUAUUCUAGGUUAUCAUCACAAAUUAGGCCAUGAAAAAUAAACACAGAUGGGCACUGUUUUAAAUAGUGCAAAAUUGCAAACAAUCUAAAUAACGAUUGAUAUGUGGUACUAUCCGACACACAAACAGACAGAUGGGUAAAAUGAGGGACAGUGGAGUUGUGAGUAGUAUGUUCUCAUUUAUUAAGUGUGUAUCUGUGAGUGCCUGUGUGUGUGUGUGUGUGUGUGUGCAUGCGUUUAUGUACCAAAAAGUAUAAAAGUGCCCUUUCUUGCUGUGGGCCUAAAGUAUGGAGGUAUAUAUAGUUUAACUUUUUGACAAUAAAUAUACUUUCAAAAAGAACUAAGGACCAAUGUUAUACCUAUAUUAAACAGUAUUGCCAAAAUAGGAAACAAAUAAUUAUUGACCAUUUGAGAAGGCUUCAAGGAAAGGGAACGUGUCAGUUUAGACCAGUUAGUGUGCCAGACACAGUCAACAGCUUCUUCUCAUCUUACUUACUUGGGAAGGAUGUAUUAUUCUAUCAUCAUGAGGAGUCAUUACCCUUAAUGUAUUAUUGCCUUUAAAUAUAUCUCAAAUUCAUCUACUUCUCUCCAUCUCUUUCUUGCCUUUAUGUGGACUCCUCUGUCAUUAUCUUCUGUUACACCUUAAUCUGGAUAGUAACCAACAGAGUUUGAAUAUUUCCUUUGUGAACUCUGCAAGUUUCAUCAAAGCAGACACCAACAUUCCUUCUUCUCCUCUACCACUGUAGUGCAUAUUGUACACUAGUGUAUCUUCAGUAUUGUGAAUAAUGGUUUGCAUAUAUUUUUACUGAGUUCUUGGUGUUUAGGCUGUUUGUAUCAUCUGUUUGAGAUCAACAGCACCACAUCAUAGGUGCAAAAUGUAUGAUUUUUGAAUGAAUAAAUCUCUAAUGCUAUAUACAUUUAUUUUGUAAUACCACUUCUAACUUAGAUUUUUAUCUUAAGCCUUAUCUUUAAUUGUGGAGGUUUCAAAACAUUUCCAAGCAUUGUGUAUUUGCUCCUUUCAUGUUUAGCACAGUUUUAUUACCUUUGAAACAUGUUACAUCUUUCCCAACUAGACCAUAAGCUCCAUGAAAGCAAUGUCCUACCUGUUUUGUUCUCCAGUCCUACAAGUACCUGAGAGAAUAGUUGAAUAAAUGUGUAAAAUGAAAAUGUUUGUUCACUGAUGAGUAAGAGUCAUGCUUGACCAGUGGAGCAUCUUUCAAGAUAACAGAUGACACUUGUAGGGAGCCAGGGGUCACCUCCAACCCCCCUUUUAACUCUUAAUAGGUUCUUCAGCUGGAUGGAGAAACCAGAUUGACACCAGGCAGGUUGAUAAGAGAAAAGCAUACAAAUUUUAUUAGUUUUACAUGCACAUGGGGUUCUUCACAAGAGAGGGAAGUCAAAAGAAGUGGCCAAAGCAAGAUGCCUUGAUAGUUUUUAGACAUAGAGUGAUAGAUUUGAGAAGAAAUGAUAGGACAAAGAAAAUCUGGCUACAGUGGUAAAAAUUUUCCAGGGGAGUUACUAGGAAAUACAUGGGAAAGUGUAAAACAGGUGAAGGAUGAGGAUUACUUCAUUAAUUAUGUUUAUUUAGGUCCACUGUAGCCUUCAAUUCCAAGUCUCUGGUGAUACGGGCUAUUUUCUCACCCUGAUAUGGAGAGAGUACCCCUUCCAGAGGAAUCUUUAUUGUUUGCUGCAGGUAGAAAGAGAUAGGUCAGCUCAGCCUUUCUGAAAUUAUUUCUCUAAUGUUUUUAACUCAGAAUAAUCAACAUACCAAGUAGGCAUAUUUGGGGAUGGCACAUUGUUCACUCCUUUACUCUGAAGUUAUGUCUUUUCAGGGCUUGCAAAACAAUGACAGGACUAAAAAAAUGCUGAUAUUGUAAAAAACUUUUUUUCCCAGACUAUAGAUUUUGUGUAUAUAAUGAGUUGAUAAACUCUGAGAACAUCAAUUUUUACUCAGAUUUGGUCACAUUCAAAUUUACCUUGGUCACUUACUACUUGUGUGAUCACAGGAGCAGGACUUCAUUCCAUUAUCUAUUAAAUGGGGGACAAAGACACCUGCUAGUAGAAUUGUCAUGGAGAUGAAGGAUAAUGAUGGAUGCACAUGAAGCACAACCCAGUGCCUGGCACUUGAAAGGUGCAUAAACGUCAUUAGUCUCUUUCUUCCAUUUCCCCUCCUGCCUUUUUGCUUAUAAUCCUUGUGUUUUUAGUAUCCAUGUAACAUACUAUCAGCAUGUGAAAUAGAUAAUUUUUAGAGCAUUUGAAUGAUGUUAGUAGAAAUCACCCAUUUCCUGACAGUUUUUAAUCUGCAUUCAACUUUUGAUUAUAUAUUUGCAGAUUGGUCAUGAGAAUCAUAAAACCUCCUGGCUACCUUUCUUUUGCCACCAAGUAAUUAUUACCUAUUAUCAUUUUUUAACCAUGUGUAUAAACCUCACUGUCAUGUGCUUUCAAGGAUGGAAAACUGUUGUGCUUAUAACUCUAUUUCAAACAAAUGAAUAAAAUAAAUAAUUGUUCAAAAUCCAUGCCAAUAUUAUCAGUUAAAAUAAUACAGUUUUCCAUAAUAGUUCCAAAAUGUCAACUGAACAUUUAAUAUUGAAAUUGAUAAAAUUAAGUCCAGUCCCCUAAAUGUGGCAAAAUCACAACCCUUCUUAAGACAAAUAAAGCAGCUGAACACUGUCUUAGAUAAGUUUUAUUCAAUGUAUUAAAUUCUAUCAGAAAUUGAACGCAAUUAUAAACAACAGUAUAUGUGUUGUAUGUUUACAACACAUAUACAUUGAAACUGAUGUUUAGUUUAAGUUUUUUGUUUUUUUUUCACAUGUGGUUUUUACUUAAUUCAAAAUAUCUGCCAAGCCUUGGAAUGCAAGUUAAUUCCAAGCAACAAUGAAAAUGAAGACAGGGGUUGAGCAUGAGCAUGACCACUAGAUGCUGCUAGUUGUCUAGUUUAUAAAUCUAAGCAGUUGCAUUUCUCAAAAGCUUGCUUCUCCCCUUUUCUCACCACUGUUUUUCAAACACAAUAUAGAAUUCAAUUCUAAGGUUCAGUUAGGUUGGAGCAUAUGGAAAGUUAACAUUUGUAAUAUUCAAGUUUAAAAAAAUUGCUUCUAACUUCACUCAAUCUCUUUUUCUUUACAUCCUAAAAGGUAGUAACAUCCAAGUCUAAAAUAUAGUUAUGUCACAAAAAUAACCACAUCUCCUUGUAAUUACAUUAUUGUUAUAAUAAGCUGUCAUCAGAUUUUUUAACAAUGGGCAAUUUAACUCUUGUCGUUCAUGGACAGUUAAUUGCUUUACUUUGAUUCUUCUCUGAAAGUGUUUGUAAUCAGCUACAGUUUAAAAUUGCCUUAUCUUCAAGGACAUUCAUGAAAAGACUCUGACAGGUACUCUGAAAUACAGAUUGCUGCUGAUAACUUCGUGAUCUUAUCAUUGGACUGGGUAAGAAUUUUUAAAACUCUAAUGAAAAACCUAAUGGCUUCAUGCAACAGCUGUAACAAGAUCAAGCAAAACAAGAAUUGCAUGAUGUUCAUUCUGCUGAGGAUAAUGUUUUUUGACUUUCUAUUCAAAAUUUUGGAGGUUCUUAAAUGUUUUAUUUUCCUGAACUAAGGAAAUUUUAAAUUUUUUCUUAAGCUAUCUAUAGCAUAUUGGUAACAUACGCUUUGUAAACAGAAUUAAAAUAUUUACCUUUUCUCCCUACCUGAUCCUUCCAGAAUUCACAAAGCUACUUGUUGAUUUUCUUAUUUCUUGGCAAUACAGUGAAUUGCAAAAGUUCAAUAAGACUCUGUUUUCUUUA